ACUCGCCGUAUACACACAACAGAUGAUAUUCAAACGUUAACCGAAAAAGUCGUGUUUUUGAGAGAGCGGUUUGCGCAAAAUUUGUUGUUGUUGCUAUUUUCAUUAGUCGAACAAACAGUGCUUUGAAAUAUCGAUAGAGCCGGAUUUAAGAAUAAAAAUCAAAUUUGAAUGGUUAAAAUAUAUACAACGUUUUUUUUUCGUUUUAUGGUAAUUAAAUCAGACUGAACUCGCGACUAUAUAUUCCAAUGAAUUUUCAAUUAAUGACAUCAUUCGCCGAUAUUUCGUACAAAACACGUUGAAAACAAUAUAAUAAUAAACCAAUUUACCUUGAAGUGCUGUACAAUAGUGUGCUAUCAGUUCGAAAUUAUCACACAGUUUGCUCAUCUGUGUGUAACAUUGCCGGUUUCGUAAGAAAAUAGGCGAAUAUAAGUGCCAAAUGUUAAUUGAGUUCAAUUUGCAUUGACGUUAUUUGUAUUUUUAGUGUGUCUGUGUGCAUUCAUCUCUUUUUUGGGCUAAUCAAACUUGAAGUGAUCGAAGAAUAAACUGUGUUUUUUUUCUUCAGAUGUUAGUCGGAAAAUUUUUAUGAAUUCAUUCGAAAAAUUACGUUUAUUGAAUACAAAAGAGAACAAUUGUUCCCAAGUGCGAAGAAUUUUAAUUGAAUUGGAAAGAAUUAAACAGAGAUAGCCGGUGCAAGAGCAACAUAGAAUCUUUUCGGGUAAAUCGAACGACACAUAAGCACGUAACCACAACACACAUACACACACACAAUGGCAACGUUUGAAACGCGCAUACAACAUCCCCAACAUGCACCACCACCACCGCCACCAAAGCCAACAAAAGCAAAAUCGACAAAUCACAGUUCGCAUGAAACAAAUAAUGUCAGUAGUCAAUUGAACUACACACAGAACGGUAAUAGUCAUCAUAAUCAUCACAAUUCUUCGGUGCCACCGCUCGAAGAGGAAAAAGUCGUGAUGACACCAAAAGGAAAGACCUCAAAUUCAACGGUGAUUUUAAUCGAAAGAAAACUUAUUGACAGCAUCAAUGAACGACAGCAUGUGGCCGGCGGCGAUCACACGGGCAUCAUAAUCAACAAAGACACUGUCAAUGGCCAAUCCAAAUCACAAAUGCCACAAGCACAACUAAGCCUGGAAUUUCGUGUAUUUUUGGUCAGCGGUAAUACAGGACAGCACUCACAAGAGGCGCGAACACUUCGUUUUUGGUUCCGAUCGUGGUUAUCCAACGAAGAGAAGCAAGCACACGUUGCACAAGAUUUCUUCCGUGAACUGGUUCAGCCGAAGGACUUUCCAAGAGAUUAUGUUGGAUUCAUAAAGAAAAUUAUGAAAUUGCUGCAAAAGGGCUACAAUGAAAUUCAAGCAUUGGAAAUUGAACUUCGUAUUUUAGAACAAACGUCCGCACCACCAUCACGACCACCAAGAGAAGGUCAUUUGAUUUAUUGUUACGGUGAUUGUGAGCGUAAAUAUCAAGAAGCAAUGGAUGCGAUGCGUGAAGCCCGCACAGUUUCGUUUGAAGAUUCACAAUACGACUUUGUGCCAUUAACCGCCGAGAAAGUGUUGGAAUACAUUGAACAGGCAUAUCCGAACCCAAUUACACCAGAAGAUUUAGCACGAAAUCAUGGCUGGACCGAAGAAGAAGUUCUUCAAAUUAUGCUGUCACUCCAAAGUCGUGGCAUUAUCAAAGCAAUGGAAUUCCAGCACUUCACCCGCAUCCAUCACGAAGACACGGAAAUUAAGGUCGUCAAGCAAAUGCCAACCAUUGCGUCGAAUAAGCAACCAACCAUAGCCAUUAUAACUGCACAAUAUUGUGAAAAAUUGGCUGUUGAUGCUAUGUUGGAAAAUAAAGAGACAUUCGUUCGGUAUACAACAGUCGGAAGCUCUCCUGAAAAAGACCUAACCAACGGUUUUCACACGCAACAGAUGACGAAGAGUAAACGAUUCGGUGAAUCGAAUGUGUACACGUUGGGCAAUAUUGGUGCACAUCGUAUUGUCAGCACGAAAUUGCCAUCGGUCGGUAGUACACGCGAAGCAAUGACUGCCACCGGAAACACGACGACACGACUAUUGGGCACAUUUCAAAAAGUCGAUUAUGUGUUCAUUGUUGGUGUUGCCGGAGGCAUUCCUCAUUAUACAGAUUACAAAAAGCAUGUUCGCCUUGGCGACGUUGUUAUUUCACACAUUGAUCAGAAUCAAUUGUUCAAUGGAAAUACAAAUGAAAAGCCGAGCAUAUAUUUUUACAAUGGUGGUGAUGAACAGGGAACACGACGAUACUAUCCAGUGAAUGCAUGUUUGCAAGAAAUUUCCAAAAAUCUGUUGCAUGUAUCUGGAAAACGUCCAUGGGAUGAAUACAUCAAAGAAGGACUUCACCAUUUACAAGAACGUACCGAAAACGAUUUUACCCGUCCAGCAGCAAAUACAGACAAAUUGUACAUGAAUAUUGGCAAUGGUGAAGUGAUCGAAGUACAGCAUCCCCAACCGACAGACACUACUGCUGACGGAAAUACAUUUGGUGAGAAUCGUUUGCACUUGGGUCCCAUCGGGUCCGGCAAAGAUAUUAUUCGAUCUGAAUCUGAACGUAUUGAAUUUGCACGAACGCAUGGUUUGCUCGCUACUGAUAUUGAAAUGAGCUCCGUAUUGGACAGCAUUAUUGGAAAUUGUCGUGAUAGUUUCAUUAUAGUCAAAGGAAUUUCGGACUAUAAAGAUGGUAUCACAACGAAAAAAUGGCAAAAUUAUGCAUCACUUGCUGCAGCCGCUGUAAUGAAGUCAAUCAUAUGCGCACUAGAUGCGCCCACUAAUGUCUAAUUGUAAACGACCUUACUAACAAAAAUUGCAAUCGAAUAAUGCAAUAUUCUCAAUUAUUCCACAUGAGAAAUCUAUUACCCAAUUAGAAAUAUUAUUAUACUAGACAUUUUUGUAGUAUCGAAUGAUCGAAAAUGAAUUAUAUUAAAACACUUUUUUAAGCCUAAUCACUUCCAAUCAAAUGAAGAAACUCUUCCUUCAUUGCAGAAUGAACACAAUUAUCACUAAUUUGCGUUUUUAGAGACAAUAUUUUUGUUUUGUAACGACUAACACAUUUAUUAUUUAUAUAUUUAUUAUAAAUGAGAGCUUGUCGUAGAAUUAAAAAAAAACGCAUAUCCAAAAUCGGAAAACCGGUGAAUAGAAAGAAAUAAAUAUCGCCGCAUUGA